CUAGCAUUCCACUGUAUACGUAGCAUUUUCGCCAUAUGGAGUAAUUUCAUCAGUGCAUAUAUAUUAGCUGUUACGUUUUAAAAUAACGUCAUUAUUGUAUAUUCUAUCAAAUCGAGUAUUGCAGUAUUAGCGGUACACUGGGAGAGUGUGUUAUCACUGAAUAAUGCAACAUGGCUGCAACAACAGAAGAGCCGCCGGAAUUGACGGAAUUGAUUCAUGAUAUCGGAGAACGCGCUCAAAAAACUUCAGAUGACGUACAAGACGCUAUUGAUUAUGUUAGUGACAUUAAGGAAAAAUUGCAAGAACUGUGCUGUAAAAAUAAUUCAUCACAAAGUGGAUCUGGAACAGGAGCUGGGGCAGGAGCAGGUGCAGGUGCUGCAGUUGGUACAAUUGUUGGUGUUGCUGUUGCUGCAGUUAUUAUUGUAUCUGUUAUUAUUACAUUAUCUGUACUACUUACUAUGCCAAGUGGGAACAGCUCAACAAGUAAUUACGUCAUAUUAUUAGAU